GGAUUUACAAAAACCAACAUCAUUCCACGUGUACCCGUUGCAUGUCCCAAUUCUUCCACCUGUCCCAUCCCCUCUAUCAUCUUCUUCAUUAACCUUCCUCCCCCAUUUCCCCAUCCACACUAUUUCCUCAAUCAAUUAAACCCCAGCCAUGGCAGAUCGUGACCGUGCUUCUAACCCUACACAAAGACCAUCAAGAACCACCGCCACAGGCGGCGCUACAGCUAACAGCAAUGUCUCAGCUUUUCUACGUAAAAUCCAAACGCACGCACCCAACUCAACCCAGCUCAUGGGGCUCAUGACGCUGGUAAUCUCCGGCUCGAUUCUUCUCCUUCUAACCGGACUGACUGUCACUGCUGGUUUUCUGGGUCUUAUCUUUUUCACUCCUUUGAUCGUUAUCUCGAGCCCGAUUUGGUUUCCGAUUGGGGCUGUUCUGUUCUUUGCUGUCGCUGGGUUCUUGAGCUUUGUUGGUUUCAUGGUGGCGGUUGGUGGUGGAUUGUCGUGGAUGUAUAGAUACUAUAGAGGGUUGAACCCGCCUGGUUCGGACCAGUUUGAUUAUGCGAGGACCCGGAUCUAUGAUACGGCUAGCCAUGUUAAGGAUUAUGCGAGAGAGUAUGGUGGGUACUUGCAGAGUAAGGUGAAAGAUGCAGCUCCUGGUGCUUGAUGAUGAUGAUGAUUGAUUGUGAUUCGGGCCGGGUUUUGAUGAACCGGUUUUUGUUUUUAUUUUCUUGUUUAAUAAUUUUUUUUAUUUUACAUCUAACUUUUGUCUAUUUUUGUGGUGGGAAUUUUGUGUUCUACUUUUUUGAUGAAUGUUUGUUUAUUUUAUUUGCAA